GCGGCGUGCGCUGCGACUCCGCCGGCUUUCCCCUUUCUUCCCAGGUCGCCGAGUCAACAUCCGUGACCGGCGGCAGAACCACCCUGCGCACCUAACCCCGUCCCCCCCAAAACCCAGCCACCGAACCCUAAGCUCCAGCGAGCCCCCAUGGCAGCGCAGGAGAUCGCGGACGCCGUGCAGGCUUACACGGGCCUCUCGCCCGCGGCUGCCUUCACCGUGCUGGCUCUGAUGCUCGCCACCUACCUCAUCGUCUCCACCCUCUUCAUCGCCCCAGACGCCGCCGCUUCGGCACCGGCGGCCCAACCCAAGCCGCCUCCGCAGCAGGAGCAGGUGACGGAGGCGGAGCCGGAGCCGGAGCCGUUCGUGCCGCCGUUUCCGGACCCUGUGCAGGUGGGUGAGAUCACGCUCGAGCAGCUCGGGGCGUAUGACGGCAAGGAUCCCGCCAAGUCGAUCCUCAUCGCCAUCCGCGGUCAGGUCUACGACGUCUCGCGCGGAAGGCUGUUUUAUGGACCUCAAGGACCAUAUUCCUUGUUUGCCGGGAGGGAUGCAUCUCGGGCCCUGGCAUUGAUGUCAUUUGACCUUAAUGACCUAACUGGAGACUUGGAAGGCCUGAGUCCAGACGAACUGGAGGUUUUACAAGACUGGGAAGAGAAGUUCAAAGAGAGGUACCCUGUGGUGGGUCAUCUUCCUCGUGAAAACGCAACAGCUGGUGCUCAGCCUGACGAGGAGCAAGAGAAGGCCUAACUCUGUGGGUCCUUGUCUCAUUGCCUGUAAGUUGUUGUGCCUUUUAUUUACCACUGGACUGCGAGCAGUAGAUCUGAUGCGCUGACAGGUGAUGUUGUUUGUAUGUAUGCUGUGCGACUGAUGCACCUGCUUUCUCCAUCUGCUUAACUAGUGUUGGUUGGUGUGUGUAGUAGUAGUGGAUAAGGGGGGAGGAAUUUUGAGUGACAGGGAGACCUUGACGCGUGAAGAGCCGUCCUUGAUGUGUGUAUAUGCUUUUGGCUUCGUGCCAUAAUAAUUCAAUUCAAGGCUUAACCAUCGUAUCGAAA